AUGGUAAUAAGAAAUUCUGAACCAUCUAUAAAACCAAAAAUAACAUCAAAUGGACGACGAACACCAACAAUAGUUGUUGGUGUUAAUGGAAUUAAAAAUAAUGUUGAUACAUCAAGAAAAAUACCAUCAUUAUCAACAACAAAACGUCCAACAUCAAUGAAUGAAUUAAUAGGAACAAUUGAAUCAAUACCAAUACCAACUAUAAUUGAACAACCAAUUGUUGUUUUCGAAAGAGCUGAUUCAGGAAAUGGAGGAAGUGAUGAAAAUAUUCGUCGAUUUGAUCGAAAAAAUGAUGAACAUUUAUCACCGUAAGUCAGGAAAGAAGUUUGCCACAGUUUUCCAAUGUCUAUUGACUUCCUACUUUUGCCUGUGGAACGGAUAGGAGAAAUCAAUGCGAGAUUGAUGAAUAAAAAAUUCUAAUCUCCAGUUUCGUACUCUUUAUCAUUAAUGGUUUGAGAUAUUUUCCUUUAACUCUUUCAGUGCGAGAUUAUUUUUUAAAAAACGAAUUUUUCAUGAAUACAUCGUAUUUUAAUAGUAUUUGGAAAAGUUGGUGUGGGUGAGUGUGGGUGUGGGUGUGGGU